AUGAGCAGGAGUGGGCGGGGCCCGAGUUUGCCCCACCCAGAGUGUCUAGCCCUGAGGCGCAGCAGGCUGACCUGAGCAAGAGGAGGAUGGCGACCUCUGCGCUGCAGCUGUGGCGUGCCGGCGGGCUGCUAAGAAGAAACUUCCCAGCUUGCUUGUCUUCUUGGAAAAGCCCUCCUCGCGCCCUAAAAUCCUCGCAGCCAGAAGCUCUGCUCGGUGUAACGAAUCAUGCACUGCCCUUCGCACCUCUCCAGACACUUACUGAUGAGGAAAUGAUGAUGAAAGAAACAGUUAAAAAAUUUGCACAGGAACAAAUUGCUCCUUUGGUUUCAACUAUGGAUGAAAAUUCAAAAAUGGAUAAAUCGGUGAUACAAGGAUUAUUUCAACAAGGGCUGAUGGGCAUUGGAAUUGAUGAAAAAUAUGGAGGAACAGAAGCUUCCUUUUUCUGCACUGUCAUAGUGAUAGAGGAGCUAGCCAAAGUGGAUGCAUCCGUGGCUCUCAUGUGUGACAUCCAGAACACAAUAGUUAACAACCUGCUCAGAAAACUCGGUACAGAAGAACAGAAGGCUACCUACUUUCCUAAACUGGCGACAGAAAAACUCGGGAGCUUCUGCCUUUCUGAAGCUGGAGCUGGUAGUGACCCCUUUUCCUUGAAAACAAGAGCUGAGAAAAAUGGAAAGGACUACAUCAUCAAUGGGUCAAAGAUGUGGAUUAGCAAUGCCGAACAUGCAGAGCUCUUCCUGGUUUUCGCAAAUGCAGACCCUGCCUCUGGAUACAAAGGCAUCACCUGCUUCUUAGUAGACCGAGACACAGAAGGUUUCCAUGUAGGAAAAAAGGAAAACAAGAUGGGCAUCAGAGCUUCUUCCACCUGCCAGUUAACAUUUGAAAACGUCAAGGUUCCAGAAACCAAUGUUUUGGGAAAAGUUGGACAUGGCUAUAAGUAUGCCAUAGGAAGUCUUAAUGAAGGUAGAAUAGGAAUUGCUGCACAGAUGCUAGGACUGGCCCAAGGAUGUUUUGACUACACCAUUCCAUACAUUAAAGAAAGGAUUCAGUUUGGCAAACGAUUAUUUGAUUUUCAGGGGCUCCAACACCAAGUGGCUCAGGUGGCCACCCAGCUGGAAGCCGCACGGUUACUAACGUACAAUGCUGCCAGGCUCCUGGAAGCUGGAAGGCCCUUUAUUAAAGAAGCGUCUAUGGCCAAAUAUUAUGCAGCAGAGAUUGCUGGACUAACGACAAGUAAGUGCAUUGAGUGGAUGGGAGGAGUCGGCUACACCAAAGAUUACCCUGUGGAGAAAUACUUCCGAGAUGCAAAGAUUGGUACAAUAUAUGAAGGAACCUCCAACAUCCAGCUGAACACCAUUGCAAAGCACAUUGAUGCAGAAUACUGAUGCCUGUAGGACCAGGCCCCUCUCUGGUGUCAAUGACACCAUUUCCAGCUGUUGUGCCUUAUCCAGCAGAGCCUGCAGUGUUUUAUAUGAAGCCCCUUGUCCUGGUUUCCAGGCCUGGCUUUUGUUCUGUUCUCUUUCCAGUCUACUCUCAAACUGUCUCUAAGCUUCUGUGCACAUUUCUACUUCUCCUCCUAGUUUCUGAGUACACAGAAGUUUCACUGUACCAGCAUCUGCAAAGAUGAACACAUUUCAAAUAUUGGUAUUGCUGACAGAAGUGGUCACUUUAUAUUCCUACCAAAUCUCUGUGCUGCGGCAUGAGCCAGAGGAGCAUGUGUUACAGUGGGCAGUUUUUACUCGAUACUGUAUAGAUUCAGUGAUAAGUUGCCAAACAAGAUAGAAACUGAUAAAAUUUAUUUGGGAAAUCAAGAACUCCCAAUUCUAAUAUCAAAGAAAGAAAUAAAGAUGUAACUUGUAGGCCAUAGAGUUGACGACGACAACAAAAGCCCAAAAUAUUAUUUUAACCAAUAAAAGCAGUAUGUUUGGCUGCUAUAAUUGAUCUAUAUAAAAUAUGCAUUACAUGAUGCCUUUGACAGGUCAUUUAGAAACAUGUCCCUGUAUUAGUUUUCAACUAUAAAGUUUAAAUAAUUUGGCUUAAUCAUAUGAAAAUAUUCAGUUAUAAUAUUCAUUGGAUCAUCAAUGUAAUUUUUAAUAGAAUGAUUUAUUUCUGUCUUUUAAUUAUUUUUCCCCUCAACUUUAGUUAUUGGACUUUAUCCUAAAUAAUAACUAAUUGAGAAAUUAGUUUUUGUUUUAGUGAUUGUCAAGAGAAAUAUUUUACCCCCAAAAGGAAAUAAUACCACAGUCUCAUAAGGAAUGGAGAACAGGAGGCUAGAUAGUCUGAAAAGGCACAUUCAGUCUAAAUGUACAUAGUCAUUUAUAUAGUAUAUUAAAUAAUUUUAUAUUUGUGAAGAUUGAGAUCUAUAUUUUACAAUGCAAAUGACAAACAGGCAGUAUCUAAUCUAAUAACCAGCUGGUGAAGCCAUCAAUGGGUGUCAGGAAUUUUUAGUUAGGAGAAGACCCUCUAGCUGCAGAUCCUGAGUCCUCUGGAGAGAGAAGUGGAAGUGGGUGAGUUUCACCUUUCCUGAGGAAGCACCACAGGUUAGAUGUGGGAAAUGCCCCAAGGCUCCUGCAGGCACUGAAAACAAUGCCUACUGCUAAACAGAAAGUGUUCCAGUGCUUUUGCACAAGGAAAAUGUUUAUUAAGAAAACCUAACAUUUUCUAAGUAAUUUUGCUUUGCACAGUCAUGUUUAUUGAGCUAAAUUAAUUUCCACAAUGCAAAUCAUAGUUAAAUAUGCAAGGUUGUAUAAAUACAGUUGAGAUAGAAAUUCCAUUAAAAAUUAGGAAGAAACGGGACAAACUUAGACCUUGAAUCCAAAGAGAUAAAGUCUACUUGACUUUCAAAUGGGGAAAUGAUGAAAGCCCCUCAGCCAGUCUUUCAGAACAGAAAGAUUGGUCUGAUAAGAAAAGCAAGCGAUGGAUCCAGUGCCCUGACAGGGCUCAGGCAUCUUUAAUUUCUGUGAUUAUGUGGACUUACAGAUAAUGCAAUGGGGGUCAGUAUGGGUAAACAGAGUCGUGCCUUCUCUAGAAUGAGAAACACAUGGACGUGUGAUAAACACCAUGUUCCAAGUCCCAGUACCAGAAACACUCAAUUACAUAUCUAGACUUUAAAUGUGUCCAUGAAGUUCUAAUUUUGGGUAUAUCUUUUACACAUGUUCACAAAGAAUAGUUAAUAUGCAUUAGCAAUGAGUAUAAUUAACAUACGAACUUGCCUUCCUCUGUUACUUAUAUUGUUUCACCAAAGAGCAUGUCUUGGGGUCUACUCAUAUUUCUUCUGUUAUGAUUUUUCUUCUGAUUCCCCUGGCUUUGUAAUCUGUCAUGAAACUAUGUACUUUGAGUUUGUAUCUGCUAGGGAACCUAAAGCUGUUUGUUAAUGUAAGGACAGCGAUCACGUGGGGCACAGGAGAUAAAGACCCGACCUGGUGUGUACAGGUGGAACUGGU